AUGUGUUACAACUACAACAAAAACUCAUGUGUAGCUGUUGCAAUGGCUGUGGCUAUGACUGUGGAUAUGGUUCUAGAUAUGGCUAUGGAUAUGGCUCUGAAUACAGUUCUGGAUAUCACUGUCUUUGUGGUUAUGGUCUGGCUAUGGUCUGGCUGUGGUUAUAGGUCUGGCUAUGGUCUGGCUGUGGUUAUAGGUCUGGCUAUGGCUGGCUGCCAUGGCUGUCAGCCAUUUUUCUGUAGAAGAUAUUAUACUCCUGGCACAACCUCAACAACCAACACCAUGUGUGGCAGCUACUAUGGAGGCUGUGGCUACGGACGCUGUGGCUAUGGAGGCUGUGGCUAUGGAGGCUGUGGCUACGGAGGCUAUGGCUAUGGAGGCUGUGGCUACGGAGACUGUGGCUAUGGAGGCUAUGGCUAUGGAAGCCUGGGCUGUGGCUAUGGCUCCAGCUAUGGCUGUGGCUUCCGCACCCUGGGCUGUGGCUCUGGCUGUGGCUACGGAUAUCGCUCCAACUCUCUCUGUGGCUAUGGAUGUGGCUCUGGCUAUGGCUCCGGCUUUGGCUGCUACUAA